CUUCACAAAUAUAAUAAAAAAUAAUAUAAUUUAUUAGACAAAAUAUAAUUAAAAUAUAAUUUACUAUAGCUAGCACUAACACAAGUGUGCGUUGCGCCAUUGAAACAUAUACAUGUAUUUUUAACGAUUGUACGCGUUGUUCUGUAUGCAAUCACGGAAUUUACUAAUAGAAAUUGACUGAUUAAAUUAAUAAAAGAGAACAACAUAUUAAGUUUUUCAACAUUAAUUUAUUAUAUAGUAAUAUAAAUAAUUUUCUUCCUGUGUGGAAAGAGAAAGGCAGUAUGUUGAAAGUUGUGAAAAGUGUAUAGAGAGAAUAAUUAAUGAUUGAUAAUGGGUUUAUUAACUGUGUUGAAAAAUUGAAGCAGAAAGAAAAGGAGAUGCGAAUUUUAAUGUUGGGUUUGGAUAAUGCAGGCAAAACAACAGUGUUGAAAAGACUAAAUGGUGAACCAAUAGAUACUAUAUCACCUACGCUUGGCUUCAAUAUCAAGACAUUAGAGCAUCGUGGAUACAAACUCAACGUAUGGGAUGUAGGUGGACAGAAAUCAUUGCGUUCAUAUUGGAGAAAUUAUUUUGAGUCUACGGAUGGCCUUGUCUGGGUAAUAGACAGUGCGGACAGAAGAAGAUUGGAUGAUUGUAAAAUAGAAUUAUACAAGCUUUUGCAAGAGGAGAGAUUAGAGGGGGCGAGUCUCCUCGUAUUUGCUAAUAAGCAAGAUAUGCCAGGUGCAUUGUCCGCGUCUGACAUAGCAGAAAUUUUGGAACUACCUAAUAUAAAGACUCACCACUGGCAAAUCUAUAAGUGUUCUGCUGUGACGGGUGAAAAUCUAGUCGAUGGCAUUAAUUGGAUUGUGGAUGAUAUCGCAGCAAGAAUAUUUUACUUAGAUUAAAUUUACAAAUUAAUUUUAUUAAUAUUUUUUACUUUAUUAAGAUGCAGAAUAAUACUGGACUAGUUUUUGCAAAAUGAUAUUUAUAUUACGCUGUGAAAAACUAAUAUGUAACAUAAUAUUAUUUAAAGAGAUGACAAAAUCUCUUCUAUCUAUUAUACAACGAUAAUAUACAUUUUCUUAAAAUUG